ACGAUGUUUCUGUGUAGAUUGCGCUCGUGCCGAUUCCAUCACAAUACGUGGAAAGCGUGAGUUUCUCGACUCCGAUUCAACAUGUCAAAUUUUUCUUGAAUUUCUAACGAAUAUUCACAAGAAAAGCAAAAACUAACGCGUAGAUAGCUUUUUGUUUACCGAAUAGCUUUUCCGGCUUGGCGUAGACUGAGAAAUUAUAAAUUUUUUCGUGGUGCAUAACGUGGUAAACGAACGACACGAUGAGCGCACCCCAGGGGCAAGUGAAAUCAAGAAACGGAGUAGUAAAACAGGUUAUUUCGGGGGAUACCAUUGUUAUUCGUGGCCAGCCUAUGGGUGGCCCUCCUCCAGAAGUUACUAUUACUCUUUGUAAUAUUACUGCUCCAAAAUUAGAACGGUGGAAAGGAAAUGAUAGUAUGGAUGAAAGUAAAGAUGAACCAUAUGCUUGGGAAGCUAGAGAAUUUUUACGUAAGAAACUCAUUGGUCAAGAUGUAUCUUUUGUUACAGAAAAAUCAAUUAAUACAAACAGAACAUAUGGUACUGUGUGGUUAGGAAAAGAUAGAAAUGGAGAGAAUGUAAUUGAAACAUUAGUAUCCGAGGGUUUGGUAACUGUAAAAAAAGAUACCAGAAAUCCCAGUCCUGAACAAACCCGAUUAAUUGAACUAGAAAAUACAGCUAAAGCAGCAAAGAAAGGAAAAUGGUCGGAGUCGCCAAGUUCUGAACAUAUACGCGAUGUAAAAUGGACUGCUGAUGAUCCUCGCAAAUUAGUUGAAAAAUUUGGAAAGAAGCCAGUAAAGGCUAUUAUUGAAUUUGUGUUUGAUGGAUCUACAGUGAAAGCACUUUUAUUACCUGAUUUUUACAACAUAGUAUUAAUGAUAUCGGGUGUCCGUUGUCCUGGAUGGCCAAAUGGAAGACGUGAAAAUUCAGCAGGUGAUCCGUACGCAGAUGAAGCAAGAUAUUUUGUAGAAUCCCGCCUUCUACAUAGAGAUGUUGAAAUAGUACUUGAAUCUGUUAAUAAUAACAAUUUCAUUGGCAGCAUUCUUCAUCCAAAGGGUAAUAUUGCCGAAAUUUUAUUGAGUGAAGGUUUCGCUAAAUGCCAGGAUUGGUCAAUUAAUAAUAGCAGAGCUGGUGCAGAGAAACUUUAUCUUGCAGAAAAAGCUGCAAAAGAAGCACGUUUACGUUUAUGGAAAGAUUACAAACCAUCAGGUCCACAAAUAGAAUUUACCGGUACUAUUGUCGAAAUUGUCAAUGCAGAUGCACUUAUAAUUAGGACACAAAAUGGAGAAAACAAAAAAGUGUUUUUGAGCAGUAUUCGACCACCGUCCAGAGAAAAAAAAUCUAAUGAGGAGCCAAAUAACGCAACUAAAAAAGAUUUCAAACCUCUUUAUGAUAUUCCAUGGAUGUUAGAAGCACGUGAAUUUUUGCGUGAGAAAUUUAUUAGGAAAAACGUAAAAAUCGUGGUUGACUAUACUCAACCUGCUAGAGACAAUUUCCCAGAAAAAUUAUGUUGCACUGUUACUUGCGGUAAAACGAACAUUGCUGAGGCUUUAGUUGCAAGAGGUCUGGCAAGAGUUAUCAAGUACAGGCAAAAUGACGAUCAACGUUCUUCUCACUACAACUUGUUACAAGUUGCAGAAAGCAAGGCAGAAAAAUCUCAACAUGGUUUACACGCAAAGAAGGAUAUUCCUGUACAUAGAUUAGUAGAUCUUUCUAAUGAUCCAUCAAAAGCAAAGGCAUUUUUAACAUCGCUUAAACGAGCGCAGGGCAUUAAAGCUGUGGUUGAAUUUGUUACGAGUGGUUCGCGUCUAAAAUUAUUUUUGCCAAAAGAAGAUCAACUUAUUACGUUUGUUUUGGCUGGUAUAAGAACUCCACGAUGUCAAAGAUCAUUGCCAGGUGGUGGUAUUGUUAAAGCAGAUGAAUAUGGUGAGAAAGCAUUAGCCUUCACUAGGGAACAUUGCUUCCAAAGGGAUGUAGAAAUAAAAAUUGAAAGUACAGAAACUAAAGGAAGUGGAUUUAUUGGAUGGUUAACUGUAAAUGAUAUCAAUAUGUCUGUUACUCUUGUUGAAGAAGGUCUCGCAGAAGUAGUUACUUUCCCCGAUUUCGGAGAAUUAACAAGAACGCUUAAAGCUGCAGAAGAACGUGCCAAAACAAAGAAAUUAAACAUGUGGAAGAACUAUGUAGAAGUGCAAGUUGAAAAUGAAAAGAACGAAAGCGAUAAAGAAAUUGUUGAAAGAAAAAUUGACUAUCAAGAAGUAGUACUUUCUGAAGUUACCGAAGAUCUUCACUUUUAUUCGCAAAGUGUCGAUCAACGUAGUAUGUUGGAAAAUUUACUUUUGCAAUUGCGUCAAGAAUUAGCAUCCAAUCCACCACUUCCGGGUGCUUAUAAGCCCAUUAGAGGUGAAUUAGCAGUUGCCAAAUUUACUGGCGAUGAUGAGUGGUAUCGCGUUAAAAUAGAGAAGGUUUUUGGUACAAAUGUCAGUGUAUUUUAUGUCGAUUAUGGUAACAGAGAAGUAAUUAAUGUCACAAGAGUUGCGGAUUUACCGUCAAGAUUUGCUAAUGAUAAACCCUACGCUCACGAACAUGUUCUCGCAUGUGUUGCACUUCCAAACGACAAUGAUGACAAAAAAGCGGCAGUUGAAAUAUUUAAGGAAGACGUCAUGGAUAAAAUUUUAUUACUGAAUACAGAAUUUAAGCUAAAUAAUAUUACUGCUGUAACUUUAGUUAAUUCUUCUACUAAUGAUGAUAUUGCGAAAGGACUUAUUUCUGAUGGGUUAUUGCUCGUUCAGAACCAACGCGAUAGAAGACUUACUAAAUUGAUUGAAGAAUAUAAGAAAGCAGAAGAAGAUGCAAAGCAUAAUCGACGUAAUAUUUGGAGAUACGGUGACAUACGAGCAGACGAUGAAAAAGAAUUUGGAUUGUAAAGAACUAAAUGCUCAAGGAAGGACUGGUUAAAAAGUGAUCAAUACAGGGAAAAAGACAUGUUACGAACUGCAUAAUAAUUAUGUAAGAACCCAUUACAUAGAUUAACGAAAAAUAAUAAAUGUCCAUAUGAGAGUUA